GUGGUACUAAUCACUAAUUAGUUACUAUUACAUUGUGAAGUCUUACAUUAGAUAAUAAUGACAAAAAUAAGUGAUUGAAAUAUCAUAGCUAUGCCCAAACUUAUAUGCUUAAAUUUUUGGAUUACAUAGUAUCCCUAUAUAAUUAUAUUAGUUACUCAAUUGGAAUUUUCAUAAAGAGUUAUUUCCCCAACAAAUAGCAUAUUUAGAUAAAAGUGGCUUUGUGAGAGAGAAGAAGAGUAGGAGAAAAUUAAAAAGAGAGGAGAGGGAAAGAUAAAUGUCAAGUGGUUAUUAACAUUACUUUUCCAGUCAUCUAACCUCUAACUUGACUCUGUUACUUAAGUAGUCAAAAGUCUUAUAACUCACUAACUUGACUCUGCUAAUACUAAUAAAGUAGCCAAAAAUCUUUUAACUCAGUAACAUUGCCCAAUUCUCCCAUAUAGGAGAGCACCUAGGUUCAAAACUUCAAAUACUCCUCCCUCGCUUGUUGAGUUGUUGUAAGGGAGAAUAAAAAUACUACUUUAGUAAUUUUUAUUGUAUUAACGAUCACAAGCAAUAUUUUAGCCAUACUAGCAUUUUCUAUUAGGUAGAUGACGUGAAUUUCUUUUUUUUUUUUUUUUUUUUAUACAAGAUAAAAAUUAUACUCUAGUCUAAUCUAAGUGUAUAUAUGUGUGAAACUUCCUCCUGGAGACUUGAAUCCUAGUCCUUGCCUCCCACACCCCACAAGCACUUAUACUUGUGAAGUGAUCAUCGCACCAAGAGUGUGCAGUAGUGAUGACGUGAACGUUGAAAUUGGAAUUUAUUACCAAAAAUUCAAGGAUUAAAUGAAACAGGAGAAACAUCAAGGUCCAAAAAGAAAACAUCUCCUAUUUAUGAGGACAAAAAGUGAAUUUUAUUUUGCUCAUUAUAGAUUCAUAGGAAGCAAAAUAUUCCAUUACUAUCUAAACAUCCAUCAAUCUCCUCAACCCCAUGAACAGAUUAAUCUGGAUAGCAAAACUAUUUCACUUAUCAGCUAUAACCAAAACCACCACACCUUAGUAGAAAGGACUUUGUGGAUAAUUGGUUCCCAUGAUCAAGCAAAAGAACUAAAGUUUAACAAAACAAAAGUGGAAGAAAAAGGGCUAGUAAACUCUAGAGUGGCCAAGAGUCUUUUAUAUUUAACUAAAUGUUCCACCUCAAGUAGAGGGACAUGCAUCCUAGAGAUUUUAGAAUAGAUCCUCUCUAAGAGCUAGGUACCACUCAACUUAAGAGGCUCAAUGUGAAGCAAAAUUGAAAUAGAACUCAAAUUGAAAUAGAACUCUUAUUCAACUAAAACACUAAGGAAGUAAAUAUCUAAAACGUGUAUUUAAAUGGAGAGAUAAGAGUGAAAUAGUGUUUGGGUUGCAAUGGGUUUUUUCACUCUGUAAGAUUUUUGUGUGGUUCUCUUAUCUAGAGAUCUCAAGUGGGAUAUUUAAAGACCCACAAAAGUUGACAACGUUCAUUUCAGUUCUUACAAAUUAGGACAUGAACGUUAAAAUUGAAUCUCUUAUCCACCUCACUGCCCCCAUUCACGACUCAUUAUUCCUGAGAAAUCUCAACUGCAUAUUUGACAAUGUCGAACCCCACACAACCAAUCAUAGCCAAAACAUGCAAUUCCAUUAUUUAAACAAUUUUAUUAAUAAUAAUCAUCUCAUAGACAAUAUUGUGUAAGGUAAUUUCUUUUGAGAAUUACACACAUACACAUUGUGGGUUAUUUAACCACACAUUUCAACAUCCAUAUUGUAGGCUAUUUGGCCACACAAUCCAACACAAUGGACAUAUAUUUUUCAAUUAUAAUUAAGAGCUAUCCAAUUAGAGCAUUCACAUCAAAGAUGUGAAAAUGCUAAAAUCUCAUUUUUACCUCUCAUCCUAUCAAAAAGUCACACACAUCAAAGGUGCUAUACUUAAAAAUUUUAACAUCUUAGCUACAAUAGAAUGUCAUCUUUGACAUUUUACUGUAGCUCAAAAAAAAAAAUUUUUAAAAGGAAACUGUAGCUUAAAUCUUAAUAUAUAUUGAUGUGCAAUGAAAAUUCCUAAGUCGUUUCCUGUCCAUAUGCAUUGUCCAAAGGAAAGAUAAGAAGGGAAAUCCUCGCCAAGCUCCUCGUCCGUCUGUCCUUAAAAGACAGACAAGCUUACUAUCGUCCAUCUGUCCUUGAAGGACAGACGAGCUUUCUACCGUCCGUCCAUCCGUAAAGGACGGACGAGUUUACUACCGUCUCUUCGUCCUUAAAGGACAAAGAGGCUACUACACCAUGUCUCCACCUAGUGAAAGAAUGUACCAUCGCUAGUCAAGUUCAACCGUUGUGAAGUGCAGAUUUCUAAAAUAAUCUAACUUCUACGUCUGUUAUGGAAGUUACCUUCGAGUCUUUUGGAUUCCCCAACAGUAGGAACGGUUACCAAACAGGUAACCGCUCCCCACAUACUAUAUAAACACACGCCAAUGAAAGAGUAAGGGAUUCGGUUUUUCUGAGACUUUCAAUUUACGAAGUCAUACAAAAGGCUAACUUCACCAUCGGAGGAUUCUUGGCCGGCUUCCACUGGUCUCCUCUGAGUUUUCUGUUUGUUUUCUCAGGAUACAGUCACAAAUUCAUCAAGGCCCGGCACGUUCAGUCCACUGAUAUCACACGAUUCAUCAUAUAUAUAUAUAUAUAUAUUAGGCGAAAAGCCACUUUUAGUCCCUACAUUUUUAGGCGAUUCCCAUUUUAGUCCUUACAUUUUAUUUUUACCGCUUUUAGUCCUUAACCUGAAAAAUGCUUCUCGUUUUAGUCCCUACCGUUACAUCAGAAAUGGAGAAAGCUGACGUGGCAAAUGGCAAGAAUAAAUAAUAGUAAAUUAAUGUCCACGUGGCCUAAAUUAAUAAUAAAAAAUGUUUUUUGGCAUUAAAAAAUGCCACAUCAGCAUCUAAAUUAAAAAAAUUAAUUUAUUAAUUUUAACUAAAUAAAAAAAAUUAAAAACUAAAAACUACAUGAAUUGAGAUCUAAGUAUGUCUUGAACAAGAACACAAACCCAGAUCUAAAAACACAAACCCAAAAAUUAAAAUCCAAAAAUUAAAAAUCUUAAAAUCACCAUUUUCUCAAACCCAGCAAUAUCAUCAAAUCCUAAAGCCUUAUAGUAUCAAAUCAAUCCAAAAAUACAACACAACCAAUCCAAACAAAAAAAUCUCAAACUCAGAACAACCCAUCUCAUUUAAAAAGAAACCUAGCAAACCCAGAUCCGGUGGCCAUGCUCCCCGCCGAUGAGCUCUUCUCCGAUGGAAAGCUUGUUCCACUACAACUCUCGUCGGUCAAACGUGAGAGAGCACAUCCACCUGAAAAUCGCAUAGCCCAUCCACCUGAAAACCAUCGGCCCAUCGUGAACCCAUCAGCCCGACCAGAUCAGGUCCGAGGUGGCGGCACGGCGGCGUUGAGUUCUCUUUCUCUCCCUCUUUCGCAUUUGGCUUUUGUCGCUAGUCUUGGAUUUUUUGGGGGGGGGGGGGUGUUUGUUGAUUGUGUUUGUUGGGAGUGGGCCACAGUGUUUGUUCUAAAUUCGUGGGUUUCAUGGGUAAAUUUUUGUUGAGUUGUGGUUCCAAUUCGGGUUAGGGUGGCGGUGGUUGGUGGUUCCGAUCUAGGUUUGGUGCGUGGCUUGCUUCGUGGUUUGGUUCUUCAUUUGUGGUUUGAUUUGUGAUUUAUUGGUGGGUUUGGUCACUGUGAUUGUCCCUGGGUUCGUGGCUUGCUUCAGACGUGGUGGUUGAUGGGUUGUUCUGAGUUUGAGAUUUUUUUGUUUGGAUUGGUUGUGUUGUAUUUUUGAAUUGAUUUGAUACUAUGAGGCUUUAGGAUUUGAUGAUAUUGCUAGGUUUGAGAAAAUUGUGAUUUUGAGAUUUUUAAUUUUAAGAUUUUAAUUUUUGGGUUUGUGCUUUUAGAUCUAGGUUUGUGUUCUUGUUCAAGACACACUUAAAUCUCAAUUCAUGUAGUUUUUAGUUUUUAAUACUGUUUUUUAUUUUUUUUAUUUAGUAAAAAUUAAUAAAUUAAUUUUUUUAAUUUAGAUGCUGAUGUGACAUUUUUUAAUGCCAAAAAACAUUUUUUAUUAUUAAUUUAGGCCACGUGGACAUUAAUUUACUAUUAUUUAUUCUUGCCGUUUGCCACAUCAGCUUUUUUCGUUUCUGAUGUAACGGCAUGGACCAAAACGAGAAACAUUUUUAGAAUAGGGACUAAAAGCGAUAAAAAUAAAAGGCGAAACUACACAAUUGGUCCCUAAAGUUUACCCUAUGUGUGCAAUUAGUCCCUCAAGUUUAAAGCGAGCACAACUAGUCCCUUAAGUUUUAAAUCUGAGUUGUAUUGGUCCUUUCACUAACUUCUGUUAACGGUGUUACUUACGUGGCUAACUUCACAAUGACUUGACAUUUUCUUUAAUGAUGUGGCAUAUUUUUAAUUAAAAAAUUACAAACUAAUUGAGAAAAAAUAUUAACCGGUGUUUACCAAAAAAAAUUCUAUAUUUUCUACCUACUGUAAAAACCCACAACGAGAGAGAAAGGGAGAGAGGAAAGAAAUCAAACCCCAGCCCGCCUGAAAUUCCAUGCCCUAGUCGCCGCCGGUAAUAGUCCAAGCCGUAGCUGCCGCCGGCAACGGCACAACAGCUAGCAGCCGCCAACGACAGUCACUACCCUAGCAGCCGCCGGUGACAGCCACUGACUCGCCUCCCUCAUCCUCUCGCACAACCACUGACUCGACUUCGUCCUCCCAUCUCAGGGAUGGAUGACUUUGACUUCGCAAUCACCCUUUACUAUUGGGGGAAGAUUAGGAAUAAUCCAUACAGAUAAGAAGGAGGGGAGAUAAAGAUAUAUGAAGAUAAUAAUUCUGAUGAAAUGUCACUUGUUGAGAUAUGGAAUAAGGCCAAAAUUUUUGGGUAUGGUGAAAAUGAUGUAUUUAUGUAUAGAGUGCCUACUAUGCCAUUUGCAGGUGGUUUAAAACCUUUGGAGAAUGAUGUUGAUGUAAUGAACAUGGUGAAGUGUAUUAAAGGUUAUAAUGAAGUGGAAGUAUACGUUAUGUUUUUAGAUGAUUAUGAGAAUGCUAUUUGUAAUGAGGGAGAUGGGGAAGAUGGUGAUAAUGAGGGGGGUAAUCUUAAUGAGGGAGAUAAAGUAAAUGGAGCUGUUAGUGAAGAUGAUAGUGCUCCUAAGGUUCAUUUUGGAUGCAGUGAAAGUGAUGACGAUGAUAUGUUUGCACAGUAUAUUAGCAGUGGUGAAAUAGCCUCCAAAGUAAAUGGCUUACCUAAUGAGACCUUGUGUCUUAGAAAAGAUAAGCAGAUGAAACUCAAAGAGGGGAGAAAGGGAAAGGCUAUUGCAUGUGGGGUUAGUCCUAGUAGGGUUGGUGGCAAUGGGGUUGAUCAUAGUGGUGUUGGUCAAAGUGAGGUUGGUGCAAGUGGUGUUGGUCCUAAUGGGAUUGAUGCAAGAGGUGUUGAUUCUACAUGGGUUGAUACAAGUGGGGUUAAUCCUAGUGCAAGUGCACUUGUUGCAUUUGGAGCUGAUAGGGAUGAAGAUAAGUGGGAGUCAAAGACAUCUACAAGUCUGGUUAGUUCAUCUGAUGAUGAAACUAGGCCUAGGUAUCCUCAAUACCAUCCACCAGAAUCUUUCUCUGAGGUGCACUUUGAACUUGAGAUGCAGUUUGCCACCAAAAAGGACGUCAUAGAUGCUAUCAAACUCUACUCUAUUUUCAAAGGGGUUCCAGUAAAGUUUAAAAAAAAUGACAAAAUAAGGGUAAGAGUAAAAUGCACAGAUAGAUGUCCUUUUGAGUUGUAUUGUGGAAAGAUGAAAGAUGAAGAUACUUGGAUAGUGAAGAAAUUGAAUCCUGAACAUAGUUGUGGGAGGUGAUUUAAGAACAGAUUUGCAUCUUCAAAUUGGCUUGGGAAGCAUUUGGUGGAUGAUGUGAGGAGUGACCCAAAUGUGAAGAUGUCCGUUAUCAAAGACCGAGUUGUAAAUAAGUUUAAGGUUCAUAUUAGUAGGUAUCAAGCAUCUAGAGCAAAAGGUAGGGCUAAAGAAUUAGUGCAUGGAACUUUUACAGAACAAUAUGCCCAGUUGGGGGAUUACUGUGAAGAAUUGUUGAGAAGCAACCCUGGGUCUACUAUACUAAUCUCUACCAAUAGACCUCAACCACACUUGCAGCCAAAAUUUGAGAGAUUAUAUGUAUGUUUGGAUGCUUGUAAGAGAGGCUUUUUAGCUGCUUGUAGGCCUUUCAUUGGUGUUGAUGGAUGUCAUUUGAAGGGUGAGUAUCCAGGACAGAUCUUGACAGCAGUUGGCAAAGAUGGCAAUAAUGGUGUUUACCCAAUUGCAUUUGCCGUGGUUGAGGAAGAAACAAAGGACUCAUGGACAUGGUUCAUGAAAAGGUUGCUUGAUGAUAUUGGAAGUUUAAGGGAUGAAGGGUGGACCUUCAUGUCUGAUCAGCAAAAGGGAUUAACACAAAUGUUUGAUGAGCUCAUGCCAGGUGUGGACCAUCGAUUUUGUGUUCGACAUCUAUAUAAUAACUUUAGUAAGGAUUAUAAAGGUAAGCUACUAAAGGAUCGCAUGUGGGCAGCUGCUAGGGCCACUAACAUGUCUGAGUUUCAGUUUGAAAUGGGGAAGAUCAAGAAAUUAAACAUAAAGGCAUGGGAAUGGUUGGUAGGAAAGGAACCUAGGUUUUGGACAAGAGCAGCUUUUAGAAGGUAUCCCAAGUGUGAUGCACUAACCAACAAUGGAUGUGAAAAUUUUAAUUCUCAAAUAUUGGAGUAUAGGGAUAAACCAAUAAUUACUAUGUUGGAGGAGAUUAGAUUGCAUCUGAUGGCUUAUUAUAUUAAGAAGAAGGAGAAAAUUACAAGGUAUCAUGACCCUAUAUGUCCUAGAAUCCAAAACAAGUUAGAGACUGAAAAAAUUAAUAGUACAGAUUGGGUUCCAGUUUGGUGUGGGGAUAGCAAUGAAUCAAAGUUUGAAGUAUCAAAAUUGCCUGAUAAGUAUGUAGUUGACAUAAAGCAGCGUACAUGCUCAUGUGGAUCAUGGGACUUAACUGGGAUUCCUUGUGCACAUUCUAUAGCUGCAUUGGGAUAUAUGGGUCACACAAUUGAAGAUUAUGUGCAUCAUUGCUAUAGUAUGGAGUCCUUAACCCAGACUUAUGGGUCAUGUAUAUACCCUAUUAGUGGUCCUAAGUUGUGGCCACGGAGUGACAGAGAAACCAUACUCCCUCCUAAAAAAAUAAGACAAGGGGGAAGGCCUAAAAAGAAGAGAAAGAAGGAACUUGGUGAGCUAAACAAUCCAUAUAAGAUGAAGAGGAGAAUUGGUCAUGUUAAAUGUAGCCAAUGUGGGACAGUAGGCCAUAACAAGAGGAGGUGCAAUCCCGCUACUCAAGCUAGCAAACAACUUCGAGUGAGAGAGCCAAAUGUAACAACACAUAGUUUGGAAAACCAAGAACAUGGGACAUCUUCAAGCCAUGUAGAACCUACUAAUAGGGCAGCACCUCCACCGUAAACAAGCGAGGAAGCAUAUGCAAGUCAGUAUAGUCAAAAAAUACAUGUUAGGAAAACAAAUGUCACAACACAAAGUCAACCAACACCCCAAUGUGAAGGAGUACAUCGAAGUCAACCAGCAUCUCAGGUUGGACCCAACGAAGUUACAAGAAAUUAUAGUUUUGGAGUGUCAGUAGAGACAAUGACUGCUGCAAGUGAGACAUCAAGAAGAAUUACAAAAUUUUAUAAGAAUGCACAAGGGCAAAAGUGAACGACAUUUCUUGUGGUUAAAUGUGCAGAAGUGAAGGUGCUUGCGAAGAUAAAUGUGUAUUUUGAAGUGGAUAGAACAUUUAGAUAUUUAUAUGUUAUUGUUUGAAAUAGUUCGAGGAUUACUAAUAUUUGGAACAAUUUGAAGAAUAGGUUAUUUGAUGUUACUAUUUUGAACAUUUUAAUCGGUGCAAUUAAUAUGAUGUUUAUUGGAAACCUUGUCAGAUUAUGCAAUUGGCUAUAUCAA